AUGUUAGGUACGGCAACAACACCCUCAACCUCUGGCAGAGCAAGUGGGUCACCAGUGACAGGGGUAGAUGGACUGCGAAGUGGUUUACUGGCGUCAAGCGUCGGUUGGACCGUGUGUGGUGCAAUAUAUCCAUAUACGUCCCAGCUGAUGUCGGGCCACGAGAACUUCAAGGCUUAUCUCCGCCGUCUUAGCCUUAGAAGCGACGCAACUUGCCAGUGUGGGUUCCCUAAUGGAACCUUCGGAGCAUUUUCUGCUGGAAUGUCCGAUGGCGAACCAGAAGAGAGAAAAACUCAAAUUCGCAAUGCGAGCGGCUGGUGCUGA